GUCGGAGAUUUGGGGAGCAUCUGGGAGGCAGCCUCUACAGUCCAGAGAGAAUGAAACAGUCGGGAACAUGAGCAACCGCAUGUGUCAUUGACAUUCCCAGUGAAUGAUCCAGGCUCAGGCCCUCGGGCAGAACUGUGAACAUUUGGCAGCUUGGUUUGACCACCUGGCAAAGAGCGGGUUCCGAGAAGCGAUGGUGAUGAAGGCCUUUGUCCUGUUGGCUGUCUUUGCAGAAGCCUCUGCAAGAUCUUGCACUCCGAAUAAAGCAGAUGUCAUUCUUGUGUUUUGUUAUCCCAAAACCAUCAUCACCAAAAUCCCCGAGUGUCCCUAUGGCUGGGAAGUGCAUCAGCUGGCCCUCGGGGGACUGUGUUACAAUGGGGUCCAUGAGGGAGGUUACUAUCAAUUUGUGAUCCCGGAUCUGUCACCUAAAAACAAGUCCUACUGUGGAACCCAGUCCGAGUACAAGCCCCCCAUCUACCACUUCUACAGCCAUAUCGUUUCCAAUGACAGCACAGUGAUCGUAAAGAACCAGCCCGUGAACUACUCCUUCUCCUGCACCUACCACUCCACCUACUUGGUGAACCAGGCUGCGUUUGACCAAAGAGUGGCCACUGUUCACGUGAAGAACGGGAGCAUGGGCACAUUUGAAAGCCAAUUGUCUCUCAACUUCUACACUAAUGCCAAGUUCUCCACUAAGAAGGAAGCCCCUUUUGUCCUGGAGACAUCUGAAAUCGGUUCAGAUCUGUUUGCAGGAGUAGAAGCCAAAGGGUUGAGUGUUAGGUUUAAAGUGGUUUUGAACAGCUGUUGGGCCACACCAUCAGCUGAUUUCAUGUAUCCCUUGCAGUGGCAGCUAAUUAACAAGGGCUGCCCCACGGAUGAAUCCGUCCUCGUACAUGAGAAUGGGAAAGAUCACAGGGCCACCUUCCAAUUCAAUGCUUUCCGGUUCCAGAACAUCCCCAAACUCUCCAAGGUUUGGUUACACUGUGAGACAUUCAUCUGUGACAGUGAGAAGCUCUCCUGCCCAGUGACCUGUGACAAGAGGAAGCGCCUCCUCCGGGACCAGACAGGGGGCGUCCUGGUGGUGGAGCUCUCCCUCCGUAAUGUCCUCUAUCACCUCAUCGUGAUGCUGGGGAUUUGUGUCGUGUUGUAG